AUGCUAAAAUAUCAAGUACGAUCGAGGAAACUAUACACCAAUUAUCAGAGCAAAACAAGCCGAAGCAUCAGCCUCAGUAAUUCAUCGUAUCCCUUUGAUAAACCAUCGUCAUCAUCAUCAUCAGAAGAAGAGACCAUUCAUAUUUGCGAUCGAUCCAGUUCCACUAGUUCUCUAAGUUCCGUAGAUAGCAGUGAUGCUAGCGAAUGGGGUACGCUGCGCAUUUAUACUGGAGGUAUCAAAGAGGAUACCGAUUAUAAAACGUUAAAAAUUUCAACAAACCAUACGGUGAAAAAUAUUGUUCAUACGAUUUUGGGGAAAUUUCGAAUAUGCAAAGACCCCAACUUGUUCGAAAUUAUAAUGGAAGUUUGGACUCGUUACAAUGGGGAACAG